GUAGCCAUGUAUAAAUAGUGUGAUCUCAAAUUGAAAGGCAUAAAUAACAGCAGGAGUGAUCUAACCCUAUACAGCCCAUCUUCUACGUGCAAAAACAGCGUGCAGAGGACGGCCACAUCUCCGAUUGAAAACAAGUGGAUCUCUGUGGAUAAGAUCAUCGGGCAGCCAUGGAAGAACUUACGGCUUUUGUAUCCAAAUCUUUUGACCAGAAAAGCAAAGAGAGCAGCAGCGGCAGUGGCAGCAGCAACAAGAAGGAGACGAUCACGUACAGGGAAGUUUUGGAGAGUGGGUUGGCUCGCUCUAGGGAGCUUGGAAACUCUGACUCUAACCUACAGGACAUGACCGAGACCAGCAACCAUUGCCCGGUGCAUCUUUUCAAAGACCAUGUAGAGAGCGACAAGGACAAACUGAAGGAGUUCAACACGGGCAGGACGGCGGAAGGUAUCUACGAGUGCAAAGAGAAGAGGGAAGAUGUGAAGUCAGAAGAUGAAGAUGGACAGACCAAGCUUAAACAAAGGAGGAGCAGAACCAAUUUCACACUAGAGCAGCUGAAUGAGCUGGAAAGACUUUUUGAUGAGACUCACUAUCCGGAUGCCUUCAUGAGGGAGGAACUAAGCCAGAGGCUGGGUCUCUCUGAAGCUAGGGUUCAGGUAUGGUUCCAGAACAGGAGAGCAAAGUGCCGAAAGCAGGAAAACCAGAUGCACAAAGGUGUGAUCCUGGGAACCGCCAGCCAUUUAGACGCCUGCAGAGUAGCCCCUUAUGUGAAUAUGGGAGCCCUGAGGAUGCCUUUCCAACAGGUCCAGGCGCAGCUGCAGCUGGAGGGCGUGGCCCACGCGCACCCGCACCUGCACCCGCACCUGGCGGCCCACGCGCCCUACCUGAUGUUCCCGCCGCCGCCCUUCGGGCUGCCCAUCGCCUCCCUGGCGGAGUCCGCCUCCGCCGCCGCCGUGGUGGCCGCUGCCGCCAAGAGCAACAGCAAGAACUCCAGCAUCGCCGACCUGAGGCUGAAGGCCCGGAAGCACGCCGAGGCCCUGGGGCUCUGACACGCUUCACCCGAGACCCUCCCCCCACACCCCGCCCCAGGUGCCCGCGGCGGGCGUGUGUGUGACCCGCACGGACCGCCGCUCGGCCCCCCCCGCUCCUCCUCAUACUCCUCCUCCUCCCCGGCCGCAGGGCGAGCAGCGAGCGCUCCGGCCUCCCUGCCGCCUUCUCUUUCUUAUUUUGUUUUUUUUUUGUUUGUUUCUUCCCCCUUCCCCGAGGUCUGCGAGCGCUCGGCGGCUGCGCCCUCCGGCCGCUUUCCUCGCCCGCUCGCCCCCAGGGACUCGGCGGCCACGGACGUGCCGCGUGGCGCGGUGGGGACGCUCCGCGGACACAUCCACACACACACGCGCAGCAAACACGCACCCACGAGUCAGAGACUCCUCGGAGGACAAAGUAGGUGGGAGGAGAGAGAAAACAAAGUUUAAACAAAUUGACAAAAAGCGAAAAGGAAAAAAAAAAAGAAAGGAAACGAUCUCUAAAUUAUGUUAAUCUGUGAACAUUGGGGACACUUUGGAUUUUUGACCCUGGCAAAAGUGAUCGCUCCGGCAUAACGUCAUCUGCUGCUGUCAGUUUUGCUACCUUGUGCAUGUGUCAAACUAAACACGUUUUGAAGAUCAGAAAUAUAUUAGAACGAAACUAAACAAAACAAAUAAUAAUAAUAAUAAAUAAUAAAUCCUUGGGGCUGGUCUCCAUUAAAGAUGACA